AUGCCUCCACCAACGGCUGGUGACCCGUGGCUAGCUGGCCGUCACUUUGGAGCAGUCAUUGAUGCUGGCUCAUCUGGCUCUCGACUCCAGAUAUAUAGCUGGAAGGAUCCCAAGGCCAUUAGGCUGGACAAGACUAGCGAGUUCCACAACUCGCACAUGUUGCCUCGAGUUGAGAAAGGAACGAAGUUGGGCGAGGAAUGGGUUAGCAAGGUUGAGCCAGGUAUAUCGUCCUUUGCAGAUAGCCUGGAAGACCUCCCAGGUCACUUACGGCCACUGCUGAACCACGCUCGCGAACAUAUUCCUCCUUCUCUACACGCCGAAACGCCCUUAUUUCUACUCGCUACCGCUGGAAUGCGGCUAUUGUCGCCGGAGAAACAAGCCGAAAUCCUAUCGGAGACAUGUCAUUUCUUUGUGCAUCACUCUCACUUUCGGUUAGACGGACCGACAGCAGCAGGACCUUGUGGUUCCAGUGUACGAAUCAUCACUGGCGAAGAAGAGGGUCUGUUUGGGUGGAUCGCGGUUAAUUAUUUAAUGGACGGGUUCACGGGGACCAGCAACCCUACAACCUAUGGAUUUUUGGAUAUGGGUGGCGCUUCGACACAAAUUGCAUUCGAACCUAGCAGGGAACACCAGGACGAGGCCAAAAGCCUUAUUGAAGUACGCCUCCGUCUUUUGGAUGGCGAGGAAAUACUUCAUAAAGUCUUCGUGACUACUUGGCUGGGAUAUGGUACGAACCAGGCCAGGGAGCGUUAUGUCGGCCAAGCGAUUAAUGACUUCGAGGCUCAACGGACGUCCCCACAUGACAGGGAUGUUGUUCCUGACCCUUGUUUACCGAAGGAUCUCGAACUCACAGAAACCCCUGUACAUCUUGGACUCGCGUCAGACCACUCUAAGAAAACUCAUCGUUUGAUUGGCACGGGCUCCUUUGAGCAGUGCAUGCAAAAGACGGCCUCGCUUUUGAACAAGCACGCGCCUUGUCCCGAUACCCCAUGUCUGAUGAACGGUGUAUAUGUCCCCCCAAUCGACUUCUCCGUCUCCCAUUUCAUUGGAGUAUCAGAAUACUGGUACUCUUCUGAACACGUCUUUGGGCUCGGCGGUCCCUAUGACUUUGUGCAGUACGAACGCGCAGCAUCCCAAUUUUGUUCGAGAGACUGGUCAAAUAUUGUUGAAGAACACGAACAAUCUCGUCAGUACAGUCGACCUACAGGUGACGGCGAAGUAGAAGAUGGUGGUCGUAUUGUUGACGUUGGAAAGUGGGGGGAGAAGGUGGAGAUUCCACGGUUGCAGAUGCAAUGCUUCAAGGCUGCUUGGAUAGCUAACGUACUUCACGAUGGGAUUGGAAUGCCGCGGAUAGUGGAUCCAGACGGGAACGGGACGACGGACGGAGAAAGGGUUGCGGAGCAGGCCGAGAGCAAAGGACUAGGAAGACCGACUUUCCAGUCUGUUGACACCGUCGGGGACAUUGCUAUCAGCUGGACUCUUGGGAAGAUGGUACUAGAGGCUAGCAAAGAAGUCCCGCUUCUCUCAAAAGCCGACAAGCCUCUUGUUGAUCCUCUAGAUGAUAUACCGAACCCAGAAACCUUCCCUAUAAAACCUAUACGACCGCCAUUCCUCGAUCUCAUCGAAGACAAGAUCUCACCACAUCUACCAACUUCAUUGACACGAUCAUCUCUUGGGUUCUCACCUGUACUCUUACUGUUCUACCCCCUGUUGCUGUUUAUGCUCUUGUUCGUUAUCCGGCGAAGGAUCCGUUCGUCUUGCCUACGUUUAAGGAGGAACAGGGCGAAACAACGUGAUGCGGAAGCAUAUAGCAUGGGAGAGGAAGGAAAGCCACUUACCUCCGGUUCACGGCCACCUUCUCCGACACAGAAAUGGUUACAGCCGCUGCGAGGCUUACUUCCUUCCGUCCGCCGACCCGCCAACCAUUCAAUCAUCUCCUUACCACCGUCCAACUCGAAUCUGCGUGUCUCACCACCACGCAUAUCGCCCACUCGCUCGUUUUCGAUGCCGAAUGGACUGACGUCUGCGGCGAGCAUCUCUCGUUCUCCCUCACCCUCACCGGGCCUUGUCGACGAUAAUUACUUCUCGAAUGGCCUGUAUUCAAGGUCGUUGAAUACCUCUCAGCUGAACUUGUCUGGCAGUGGUAUCAUCCCACGACCGGGAGCCAUAUCGAGGAUUAACAGCAUGCAUCAUAUCACUGACAUGCACAUGGAUGAGUAG